AUGAAUCUCCUGAUGCUGGCCUUCAUUAUCUGUGGGUUGCUAACUCAGGUGACCAAAGCUAGUUUUGAAACCACAAAAUGCUGGAAGAAUGAUAUCGGACGCUGCAGAAGUCGAUGUUUAGAUAACGAGAGGUACAUACUUCUUUGCAGGAACAAGCUAUCGUGCUGCAUUCCCAUAGAAAUAUCACACGACUUCACUCGAAGGCCAAUACUUCCCUGGCUCUUACAAGAGGAUAUAACAUUUGGUUACAGUGAUGAAGAUACUUUUACUGGUUCCCCAAUAUCUAGGCCUGACGAUAUGGUAACAUUUAACUUGCCUGAAACCACAGGAACUGAGAUCAUUUCUCCUGAGAGUACUUCUGAGAUAACUUCUCCCCAGUCCAUGCCAUCACCUUCUGGGGUGGGUACUGUUACAGUUAAUUAA